AUGUCACUCGAACCUGAUCAGUUCGAGCAAGACUCGGCCUAUGGCGAGGAGCUCUCCACAUACUCCGCAUCAUUAACAUCGUCUGCAUACAAUUUUCCAGAGUCUCAUGGUCGCAAAUAUCACUCCUACAAAGCCGGUCGGUACUUCAUGCCCAAUGACGACCAAGAAAUUGAUCGUUUGGAUGUUCAUUAUGCUCUCGUCAGGCGAAUCAUGGACGGGAAGUUGAACUUGGCGCCUAUAGCAGACAACAUUGAACGGGCCAUUGACCUGGGCACGGGCACGGGGUUAUGGGCCAUCAAUUUCGCCGACAAGCACGAGAAAGCUUAUAUCAUCGGAAAUGACCUCAGUCCGAUUCAGCCAGGCUGGGUUCCGGCUAAUGUCAAGUUUCUGAUAGACGAUAUCGAAGCACCUUGGGGCUAUGAACAGGAGCCGUUCGAUUAUGUUCAUGCAUGUCUGUUGAUUGGAGCCAUCAAAGACUUCCCAAAGCUUAUGCGUCAAACCUUUACAUGCACGAAGCCAGGAGGAUGGGCCGAGUUUCAAGAUUGGGAUAUUGAACUAUAUUCGCAGGACGACACUUAUCCACAAGAAUGUGCCCUGAGAAAAUGGGAUGACUUGGUCAUAGAAGGAAUUAGAGCUUCAGGGUCAGAGCCACAUCUAGGUAUGCAUCUGGAACAGUGGAUGAAAGACGCGGGGUUUGUGGACGUUACUGCCGUGAAAACACCUGUCCCGGUCGGAAACUGGCCUAAAGACAAGCUGUUGAAGGAGAUGGGCGUGCUGAAUCACAUCCAGCUGUCAGAGGCGCUUGAAGCAGUCAGUCUUGGGACGAUGAUCAAUAUGGGUUGGACGUAUGAUGAGAUUCAAACGUUCCUGGUGGAUGUGAGGAAUGACUUGAAUAGUCCCGCCAUUCAUACCAUCUACGAUUUUUAUAUCGUCUACGGACGAAAGCCUGAGUAG